AUGGCAUCCAAUGCUCCCUCCGCUGCUCCCUCCGCUGCUCCCUCCGCCGCUUCCUCCGCUGCUGUCGCCCCACCGGCAUCCAAUCCUCUCUCCACCGCUCCCUCCACCGCUCUCUCCGCCGCUGUCGCCUCACCCGCAUCCCAUGCUUUCUCCGCCGCUGUCGCCACACCGACUUUCAAGAUUCUCGAGCAAAUUGAGGGUCAAUUUUGCAACGCCCCCGUAUUGGUGCGGCUCAUUCAUUUUUGGGAAGCACGCAACUUUAAGAAAGGGAACAUCCUCAUGGGUUUUGAGCUUCUCCUCCUUGACGCAGAGUCAAACGCUGUCCAAGGCUUCAUCUCCGCCAACCGACUUUUCCGAUACGAGCCCAACUUGAAGCGGAACUCCAUUUACAACUUGAGCAAGUUCAUGAUCAAGCCUGCGAAAACGCUUUACAGGGUCUUCGAUCACAAGAAUACCAUUUGCUUCACAGACCUGACAACAAUGGUGGAGGUCCGUGAUGGUGACGACCAGAUUGAUGGCCAGAAAUUCUGA